UGCCUAUAAAUAGCAAGAGUUAAACCCUACCAUAGUCGAGGAAAAACAGAGCACACAGAAGCAAUUGUGAAUAAUAUUUGUACAAAAUGGGGUAGAUUGAGUUCAAAUUCAUCUAUUGGGUCUCUUUCAGAUUCUCAAUUGCUAUAUUUGCGGUCGUCUACUUCUGAGGGUUCAUUGUUAAGAACUUAUUUUCCAAGUGGUCUGAAGCACUUCAAACUCUUCCUCAAAGGAUGGACUCGAAGAGGGGCUCGAAGAGAAGAAAAUCAACUAAUCGCAAAGGUCAAGGGAGCAAGGGAGAAAUUCAUUUACCAGUGGAGAUAAUCGCUGACAUCUUGUGUAGACUUUCUAUUGAAUCAAUCUUGACAUGCAGAGUUGUUUGCAAGACGUGGCGUAAUGUGACUCGAGAUUCUUGUUUUAUCAACAAACUUGGCAAUUCUCUUUAUCAACCUCCCCGACUCAUUCUGAAACCACUCAUGGAAAACAUCAGUGAUGAUGCUCCAAGGCAUCUGAUAUUACUUGAUAUUGAAGAACGCAAAACUAGACGGAUCCCUUUUGACAGAAUGCUUGCCGACCUCGAAAUCAUGUGCUCUUGCAAUGGCUUGCUUUGCAUCGCUUCAUCUAGAACACUCAAUCCUGUGAUAAUCUACAAUCCCAUAACAAGAGAGCAUUUAAUGUUGCCAAGAUCGCGUUCGAAGGCUGUUAUAUCUCAUCAUGAGGUUAGUUUUGGCUUUGAUCCCUCAACCAAAAAGUACAAAGUUUUCCGAGCAUACACUGCCCCUUCUUCUAGGGGUAAAGUCAAUAAUUUUAACAUCAUUUCUCUUGGAGAAAGAUCAUGGAGGAAGCUAACUGAGCCUGGGAACAUGGUGAAACGGGAUGUAUAUGGGGUCGUAUCCUGGGGUGGGGCACUUUACUGGAGAAUAGUUAAGGGACCUUUCAUUGUGAUUGUCCAAUUUAAUUUAAGCGAUGAAAAGUUUCGUAUGUUCAAUUUCCCAGAUUACUUUCCCAGAAACCGUUUUUCUCUGGGCUUGAUCGAUGUUGGGGGAUCUUUGACGCUAGUGCAAAACGCCAACAAUGUCGUUGAAUUAUGGAAAUUAACAGAAAAUAAGGUCAAUGAUCUCUCUCUCUCUCUUCAGGACACACAUAAUAUGCACGUGAGGUGGGGUGGCGGACUUUUCUGUGAGUUUGUUUGUCAGAUGAACCAGAAGAGUUAUUUAGUGCAGGUUGGGUUGAGGAACUGCCAACGACAACAACAGGAACACCUCACUCUGUAUUUUCCAGAGACGAGUCAGUACUCGACUCUUGAAAUCCUGGGACUUCCUAAGAGCUUCAUGCCUAUUUGGUUGAAACCCAACCUUAUGUCUCUGACUUAAGGCUCGUUCUAGUUCCCGGUAAGUGACUUGUGAAAUGUGGUGAUGGUUUUAACCUUGUCUUCUCAUCGGUUGUCUUAUAGACUAGUGUGGUGUUGUCAUUUAAACUUUUGUGUUGUCAUCAUAGUUGUCUUAAAUCACAGCUUUUCCUUUCUUUGUUUUGUGAAAUAGUGGUAAACUAGAAAUGUAUAAGUUGAAUGCUUUGUUAUGAACUUAACUGUCAUUACUUUUUUCCUUUCUUACAGAUAAUUUGGAAAAUGGGGUCUUCCUUUUUUCUAUUUCGCUGC